AUGGCUCCAUUAGUGGGGAUCAAGUCUGGCGGUUUCAUGGGUCCCAAUGGUGGCGAUCACGUAGAAUACCCAGGCAAACUUACUUGGUCCGUCUUGAUAAGUUGUGUGUUGGGUGCCAUGGGUGGCUUAAUCUUUGGUUACGAUAUUGGAAUUUCAGGCGGAGUGACUUCGAUGCCAACAUUCUUGGAGAAAUUUUUCCCAUCAGUUUACAAGAAGGAGGAAUUGGAUAAGUCAACGAAUCAGUAUUGUAAAUUUGAUAGUCAAAUACUAACAUUAUUCACGUCUUCGCUCUACUUGGCGGCUUUGAUCUCUUCGUUGGUAGCUUCAUACGCCACUAGAAGAUUUGGGCGCAGAGCAUCCAUGUUGGUUGGUGGCUUGAUUUUCAUGGCUGGUGCCAUUCUUAAUGCUUUUGCCAUCAAUAUUCUCAUGCUUAUUUUUGGACGUAUCCUUUUGGGCUUUGGAGUUGGUUUUGCCACUCAGUCGGUGCCAAUCUACGUAUCAGAAAUGGCUCCAUACAAACACCGGGGUGCUCUCAACAACGUAUUUCAGUUGUCAAUCACCGUUGGCAUUUUGGUUGCCAAUGUGGUUAACUACUUCACCGCUAAGAUCGAGGGUGGAUGGGGAUGGCGUGUGAGUUUGGGCGGCGCUGCAAUCCCCGCCAUCUUCAUAUCAGCCGUAGCAUGGAUUCUUCCCAACACCCCCAACUCCAUGAUCGAGAAGGGUGAGCUUCAACAGGCCAGAGAGAUGCUCUGUCGCAUUCGCGGCGUCAGCGAUAGGGAGAUUGAAGCCGAGUACAUUGAUCUGGUGGCUGCAAGUGAAGCUUCAAGACGAGUACAACACCCCUGGAGAAACCUUCGCCUUAGAGAAUAUAGGCCUCAGCUGGUAAUGUCCAUCCUCAUCCCGGCCUUGCAGCAGCUCACCGGCAUCAAUGUCGUCAUGUUCUAUGCCCCCGUGCUCUUCCAAUCACUGGGCUUCGGGAACAACGCUUCACUCUUCUCGGCUGUUAUCACCGGUCUUGUCAAUAUGUUAGCAACCUUUGUGGCCGUGUUUGGCACUGAUAAGUGGGGUAGGAGAAAGCUUUUCAUAGAGGGUGGAAUCCAAAUGCUUAUAUUCCAGGUUGCAGUGGCAGUUCUGAUAGCACUCAAAUUUGGAACAUCAGGGAACGUGACAGAAUUGCCAGAAUGGUACUCCAUUAUGGUAGUGAUGUGCAUUUGUAUCUACGUUUCUGCCUUCGCAUGGUCAUGGGGUCCUCUGGGAUGGUUGGUGCCCAGCGAAAUUUUCCCACUUGAGAUUCGGUCGGCUGCUCAGAGUAUAACAGUAUCAGUGAAUAUGUUUUUCACCUUCGGAGUUGCUGAAGUCUUCCUGAGCAUGCUUUGUGGGCUAAAGUACGGCUUGUUCAUAUUCUUUUCGGUUUUCGUGGCUAUUAUGACAGUGUUCAUCUAUGCCUUCCUGCCAGAGACCAAGGGCAUUCCAAUUGAGGAGAUGAGGGUGGUGUGGAAGAGGCACUGGUAUUGGAAGAGAUUCAUGCCCGACCACGACGACCAACAAGUUAAUGGAAACUCUGUCUGA